UAUUAAGUUUACGCGUCCAGCUUGGUAUUCCCACAACCUCGAAGCUCUCCGUCGUGGUAGUCGUCGACUCUGUAGAGGACAUAGUCAUGUUGACGCGUGUAUACGUAAUCGUUGUGUUUACACUUUUCUUCAAGUUGGGGGCGUUUGGUUCAUUCUUCGACGACACUCCUCGCUGCGAACCACUCGACGUGCGACAUUUCAAUAUCUGUUACAACCACGGAUACAAACGGACGAUGAUGCCAAACUUUGUUGGCCACUCGAGUCAAAAGGAAGCCAGUCGCCUAUUCGGUCAUUUCGUGCAGCUAAUCGAAAGGAACUGUUCGUCGUAUCUCAGCUUCUUUAUGUGCGCUGUACACGCUCCGGUCUGUUUCAAACGUGGAGAUUUCGAACUAGUGUUGAAACCUUGUCGCAAUGUAUGUGAGAGUGCACGUGCCGGCUGUGACUCGGUGAUGAGGCAAUUCGCUAAUGUGCGGUGGGACGAUAGCUAUGACGGGCGACUGAACUGCAACAACUUUCCAGACGUGGCCGAUGCCCUGUGUAUACCGACGGAUAUGAAAAAAACAAGCCCUCAACCAACGGCAGACACGCAAGGAACCAUAACGGCAAUGGAUCCCACAACUGUUAGUCCAACCUCACCAGAGGUGCCAUCUCCUACCCCAACUGAAGAGCUACGGAAGCCUGUAACAGAACCACCGAAAGUGAAAACGCGGUGUGAGAAAUGCCCCAAACGAAUCAGAGCCAACUUCAGAAACUACAGAAAUGGGAACUUUGUUUUUGCUAUAAAAGGCCAGAUGUUGAAAUUCAAACGAAGGAAUGGUAAGAAAGUUAUUCAACUUCAACUUCAAAAGAUCUUCAACCAAAGCUCUGUACCGAUGGCUACAACUGUGACUGGAAUAACAGAGUUGUGGACGAAUGGUGUUAACAAAUGUAGCUGCCCCAAGAUGGACACUGGCAAAACCUAUCUCAUUUGUGGCUAUGAAGACAUCACAAGGGACAGACUAUUACUGCCUUCUAAUAGCUUAGUAGCAGAGUGGGAAGACAGACUGGAUACCGAAAUUCCAAAAUGGUUGAGGAAACUGGAAAAACAGAGAACGAAACAGGAAGAGCCGAUAAGCAAUGGAGUCCCAGUACCACCUCCAAAGCAAAUAGGGAAAAAACCGAGGAAAUACAGAAUCAGGAAAACUGUGAGAACAGGCAAGAGAUGAGGCAACCCUCAGAUGGAAUUUGUGUCAAGUUUAGCUGCUUAAUUAUUGUUAAAACUGUACAAUAAGUCACACAAUAUCUAGACUGGUUUGCUUUACUAUUACUAUGUGACACUAUAUUGCUUACUGUAGCUAUGACUGUACCUGACUUGUUGGCCAUACAAAGAGACUCAGUUAACAGAGAUAUUAAUGGAGCUGUUGUAGAAGAAAUGUGCUCUAACAUGAGAAUUACUGAAAUAACA